AAAAUUAAUCAAACUUUGUUAUUAUAUAUUUAAAAAAGUAUACGAUUUACGUAAUUAUAAUAAUCGGUCAACAUUGACCGUUGAAUUAAGAAAGAAAAAGUCACUAUUAAAUAAAGUACAUAUUAUUGAGUUGAACAAAAAAUUUUUUCAUUUUUCUCUUUCUUAGAGAUUCCAAAACAAACUUUAUGUUUCAAGUCAAACAUUGUUAAACAGAAAAUUGAAUAUUUUUUUAGACUACAUUUCUAUGUUAUUUUUCAGAUCUUAUUCCGAUUUAUCGAGUACUUAUUGAGUACACAAUUAUGUCCAACAAUCGACCCCUGUCUAUUGAAAAAAUGAAAAAACUUUUUGUCGAGUCCAAUAUAAUUUUACUCAUUAUCGUUUAAGUUUAGAUAGUCUUUCAAUCAGGGAUCAAGAUUGAAAACCAAAUUCUUUCUUUUGCCAAGUCAAAAUCGGACUGAAAUUCUGCAACAAUUUAUAUCGCCAAGAUUAUAAUCAAAUCAAAUAAAUUACUUCCAAUUUUUUAAAUUCUCAUAGUUUGUACGAAAUUUAUUAUUUCUCUAUUUGUGUUCUAUUGGUUUACUUUUUUCAUACCAUGUACGUUUCCCUCAUUUCUUUAGGUUACAUUUCAACUGCUUAUAAAAUGAUUCUUAUAUUCAGGUAAGACGUUCUACGUGAUAAGAAAUACGGCACAGUAGUUAAUUAUCUCCCAAGUAUUACCUAUUUAUUAUUCUUAAAAACGUGGGGGAUUGAUUGGCUACAGUAUUACGUUUUAUCGCGCAAGGCACAUUUCUUCUGACGCGUGUGCAAGAACCGUAAGUUAUUUAACCGCAUAUUGCGUUGUUCAGUUUAUAUCUUACGUGCUUGGCAUCGACUGUUCUUCGUUUCAACGUCGUUUGUUUUAUCCUUUACACAUAUAACCUAGAGAAGAGAGUUGUAUCUAUCGAAAACGGCUCAGUCAUAAGUAGUCUACAGUCCACGAUGGAUUAUAAGACAGAAAAGGAAAUUAAAAGAGUGCAUUGGCCACAGUGGAUCGCUGGUGCCGGAGUUAAUCUUCUGCAGCUGCAAAUGGGACUGAUAUCGGUUUGGAGUUCACCAUACGUCGCAUAUCUGACUUCACCCGAAUCUCACAUACCCGUGACAAUGGACGAGGCUUCUUGGGUAGUUUCUCUACUGAACCUAGGCAGGCUAAUUGGCGCCAUUUCUGGUUCUGUUGCCGUCAACUAUCUCGGCACUAAAACAACAAUCUUCGUGACGAGUUUGCCAAUAACUCUCUGCUGGCUCUUUAUAUUUGUGGCUGAUCGAGUGGAAUGGCUGUACGCAGCCAGGUUGCUAGCUGGCAUCAGUAUGGGUAAGAUGUACAGCUGUUUCUCGCUGUACCUAGGCGAGAUCGCGGAUCCUACCAUUCGCGGAGCUCUGGUGGUUUUAGCUGUAACGGGAUUAUCAAUAGGCAACCUCAUGAUGAGCAUAAUGGGCGCGUAUUUAAGUAUGAAAAUGACCGCUACCAUAUGCUUCGCGCUCUGCUUCGUACUGCUCGUUAUCUUCACUUGGUUGCCGGAAUCGCCGCAUCAUUUCAUUAAAGUUAAGGAGGAAACUAAAGCGCGAGCCUCGAUUCUCUGGUAUCACCGUGAUUGCGACGUGGAGUCGGAGCUGCAAACGCUGAAGCUCUUUCAUGAAAAGAACAAAAGUCUACCCUUCGCCGACGUUAUAAAGGAAUUCAGAAUUCCGUAUAUAUGGAAAGCGCAAGUACUCGUGUCCCUGCUCUACAUGUAUCUUCAGAUGUGCGGCCUGAACAAUGUAUUGUUUUACAUGGAGAUCAUUCUGCGAAACGCCCAAGUGACCGUCGUAGAGCCGUCGGUGAUCGUAAUCAUCGUGACCGCUAUGGGGAUCGUCGGCUCCAUGCUCUCCAUGUUCCUGAUCGACAAGUUCGGCAGGCGACUUCUGAUGAUCGCCUCCACCUUGGCCGUCACGAUCUCGCUGAUCAGUCUGGGUACACAGUAUCAGCUUCUCGACGCAGGCUAUGACCCCGCCGACCUUCAGGCUCUACCGAUUUUCUCGGUAUUGCUCUUCCAGAUAGCCCUAUACAUCGGCAUCAUCUCGAUACCCAACGCGGUACUAGGUGAGAUCUUUCCGCCGCACGUUAAAUGCGUAGCCGGCUGUUUCGCCAGCAUCGUCGGUGCGAUAUCCUCUUUCAUCUCCACGUCGACAUAUCAGCCUUUAAUUAAUUUGCUCACGGAAAAGUACUUGUAUUACGUGUACGCUUUGCUAUUGGUAACCGCUGUACCGUACACUUAUUUCUGCAUGCUUGAGACCAAAGGCAAGUCGUUGCAGCAGAUCCAGGAAGAAUUGAACGGAAAAACUGAACGGAAAAGUUGAGUCGGCUCGAAUACUAAUUUAACGAAUUCUCUCGAUAAUCGGUGUCUAGGAAACUUAUUAUUGAACUUGUUUUUUUUGCAUUUAUUACAAGAUAAAUUUUAUGAUACGUCGACGUCAGUGCUGAAUAAUACUGAUGUGAUAAAUAAUGUUCUACUAAAGUUGCAAUCACAAUGCAACAUUCUCACUUCGUUCGAGCGAAGAAAUUAAAUUAUUUAGUCGCGGAAGACUGUAGAAGUAGAUUGAUGAAGAGCGUCUGAAGAUAUCUACCCACUUCCACUUAUUGUAUAUUAUCUUUGCACAUAUAUUAAACUGUAAGAAUAAUUUCAUUUCUUAUUUUAUUUAUUUUAUACGCUGCAUUAGAAUCGCAUAAUUAAUAGAGAUCUACUUGUACGCCCAGAAAAGCUUCGAAGUCAAACAAAUUUGUUUGAAUUUUCACCUUACGAGACUUUUCUUUACCUUAACUGGAAUUUCCAAGAGAGUAUAUCUACUUCAAUCCAGCAAAUGUUCGAGAAGUAAAUAAAAAUUUGGUAGAUUCAAAGAAACAUGACUUCAACGUAUCUCGUUUGUUCAACUAAAUUAACCUCAGUCAACCUAAAUUAUAAUUAAACCCAACUAAUUCUUUGUUUCUAGGUAUAGUAGAUAUAGUUAUUAAUAAUUAACAUAUCAUAAAUACGUAUAUAAUGAGUGAUGGACUGAUAAAACUAAGCGUAAUGUGGCGUGUGACUUGGCUUGCUUAGCUACGCCUUUUUGUAAGUGUAAUAAUAAUUAACGCUAAAAAAUA